GCGCAGGUGGCAAAAGAGGUGGACAAACAAAGGAAAAAAGGGACUCUGGACUCUCUGAACUCUGAAGAGAAACAUUUUGUGCACGGUGCGAGAGAUGGCGAGCUCAGUGACGCUGCUUCUAUGGAGUCUUCUUCUUCUUGGAACCCUAAGCGCUAUUCAGGCCAAAAAGUCCAAGGAAAAUUUGAAAGAGAUUACGCACAAGGUUUAUUUCGAUGUCGAAAUUGAUGGAAAAGAAGCUGGUCGUAUUGUCAUGGGUCUAUAUGGAAAGACAGUCCCCAAAACUGCAGAGAAUUUCCGAGCUUUGUGCACAGGGGAAAAGGGAAUAGGUAAGAAAGGGAAGGCUCUCCAUUACAAGGGGUCUUCGUUCCACAGGAUCAUACCAAGCUUUAUGCUUCAAGGAGGCGACUUUACACAUGGCAAUGGAAUGGGAGGAGAAUCUAUCUAUGGUGAGACGUUUGCUGAUGAGAACUUCAAACUCAAGCAUACUGGUCCAGGGUUUCUAUCAAUGGCAAACGCCGGUCAAGAUACCAACGGAUCACAGUUUUUCAUCACAACAGUAACAACAAGCUGGUUGGAUGGGAGGCACGUAGUGUUCGGGAAGGUAGUGACGGGAAUGGAUGUGGUGUACAAAAUCGAAGCUGAGGGAAAUCAGAGUGGAACUCCUAAGAGUAAGGUUGUGAUUGUGGACAGUGGUGAGCUUCCUCUGUAACUCAACUCUCAUGGAGUAUUCCCGAUCUGAACUUCCAUUGAUGCGAGGAUGACUUCCUUUUGUGUUUAAACAACUCUCUUAGCCAUUUAUGAAAGAUUCUAGCGUUCUGGUUUUUUAUUCUGUCUGGUUAUAACUCGAGCGACAUUUUAUAAAUAGAACUUAUGUCUCGUUCUAAUGCACAAAUGUCACCGCACAGUGUUCUUCACC